AUGCCCAGUCACAGAAUGGAAUUCUGGAAUAUGACAAUCAAAAUCAUUUUUUUGUUACAAAUUACAACUGGAGUCCUGGGAAAUGCCUUGUUUCUUAUCUUCUAUCUGGUCUACAAUAUAGAACACAUAUUAAAGCCCACAGAUAUGAUUCUCAUGCACAUAAUGGCAUCCAAUGUCUUGAUAGUUAUUUCUACAGGAGUGCCAAACACACUGGUAGCUUUUGGAUUGAAGAAGUUUUUAAAUGAUUUUGGAUGCGAAAUUAUUCUGUACAUUCAAAGAGUUGGCAGGAGUAUGUCCAUUAGCACCACCUGUUUCUUGAGUGUCUUCCAGGCCAUCACCAUCAGUCACAGGGAAUCCUGUUGUAAGGAUCAAAAAACAAAGGCUGCAAAGUACAUUGGCUGCUCCAUUUUCUUACUCUGGGUCUUGUCCAUGAUUAUACAUUUCAUUUUCUUGGUGUACAUACUUGUCAAGAGAAAUAACAAAAAUAUGACAAGAACCCGAAAUUUUGAGUACUGUUCCACUGGAGGGCAAAGUGAAAUUACUGACUUACUCUAUGGUAUGUUGGUGGUGUGCCCUGAAAUCUUCUUUUCUGUGCUCAUUGCCUGGUCCAGUGGCUCCAUGAUUGUGAUUCUGUAUAGACACAAGCAGAGGGUUCAACACAUCCACAGCAGUCAUGUUUCUAGAAGAAACUCUCCAGAAUCCAGAGCCACCCAGAACAUUCUUGUCCUGGUGUCUACCUUUCUGGCAUUUUAUACUGUCUCCUCUGUCUUACAAGGCUGCAUUGCUCUUUUGUAUCAUCACAAUUGGUGGCUGGUGAAUAUUACCCGUCUCACUUCUCUGUGUUUUCCAUCUUUGGGACCCUUUGUUCUAAUGAGCCAGUCUUUGUCCCCCUUCACUGUAUGCUGCCUGACUGCUCACCAUAUCUGCGACUCCACUAGACCUCCCCACUUUCAGGAUCUCAACUCUCAGGCAUUGUGCCUAUGUAACACAUUUAGUGUUGGGCACCGCCCACGUGCAGAUGUUAGGGCAGUCCUGGGAGCCGUGACCUCCACUGGAGGCAGCACUCUCCACUACAAGCGGCUGCAGAGUCCUGAGAGUGGAGAUGCCCAGACCCUGCGAGCCAGGUGGGACGCGGGGGGGCACAAACAGAAGUGGGCGGGGAGCGUCCCAGGCACUGUGGCUCAGCGAGAGUGCCGCAGCGUGUGGGGACAUUCUGGAAACCAUGGCUCUCAAGAGGAAGUGUCUCGUGGCUCACUAGCUCUCUCCCACUCCCGCCCUGUUGCAUGGGUUUUGGCUUACACAAUGAGUACAGGAUUUCAAGAGACACGUGAGAAUGAUUGA